AUGGAAAGCCAACUAGUCAAAGAGUACGACAGCCAAGGCGGGCGAUACAGCGAUCACGCCGCACAACUGCCCUUUGCCAAGUUGGAAACAGAGCUCUUCCGAUCUGCCUUGGGGGACUGUGCGGGACUGACGGUGCUGGACCUCGGCGGCGGCAGUGGCCUCAAGGCGCGCAUAGCCGUCGAUGGCGGCGCGGCCGCGGUAGACGUAGUCGAUAUCUCUAUCGAGAUGAUGCGGGCAGGCCAGGAGGUAGAGAAGUCGAUUGGUCGCGAGGGGGCUGUGAUCGCCUGGCACAUCGGCGACGUUGCCCGGGCCCUGACGCACUUGCCUCUUCGGCCGUCAUACGACCUGGUCCUGGUGGGCUGGACAUUCGACCAUGCCCACGAUCUCGCCGAGUACGAGGGCAUGUGGCGGAACGUGGCGGUAUACUUAAGACCCGGCGGCCGUUUCAUAGGCGUGCGCCUCGGAGACCCUCGAAGCGCGGCGUCGGACGGCCGAUACGGUACCCUAACCUCGGCGUUCGAGGAGACGGCCGAUGGCCUCAAUUACCGCUACGCCCUGUUGCUAGACCCUCCGCUCGAGUUUGAGGCGAGUUCAAUCAACCUGAGUAUGACGGGGAGUACAGAUUUGCCGGAGAAGUAUGGGCUCACUGACUUCUCGUCGGUUGCCCCUGAGGAUACGUCUGUGGUCAAGGCAGACCCUGACUUCUGGAAACCUUUUGUGGAUAAUCCUGGAUUUGUGGUUUUCCAGGCGAAGAAGAGAUUGGACGCGUAG